ACCAUUGUCAUCCAUUCACUGUAUUGGUCAAGAAAUACGAUUGGUAAAGGACUCUCUUUGUGAGCGUUCUCGGUCAUAAGCUAUAUAUAACACAUAUGUACCAUACUGUCCGCUGAGCCAGCACAGACGAUAUACACUCACUGCAGUGAACUGCUGUCAGGAGAGAGUGACAGUUCCAACACCAAUUCAAUAUUACAGCUGUGUCCUGCGUGAAAUCAUCAAAGAAGACUACAAUGUCCUCUUUUCUCCGUCCACCACUGUUACAUCAUUUCUUUAUGGUCCGACUCUUGGGCACGGCAGCCUCUCGAACGUUGACAGCAGAACGUCUUGGUACUGCUUCUCCUGGGGGUCAUGACCUCCGUGACCCUGCUUUGGCUGCUGUUCUGACCUUUGAGGAUCCUCAGGCGUUCAAGGUGAAGAGCAUCUGGGAACUGCUGAGAGCUCUUGGUGUCUUCAGACUCUGCUCUUUCCCUGUGCUUGUCAACAACUGUGGCAAGCUCAUGUCUUUUGCAAGGACAGUUUUGGGUAAAAGAGGUUUCUCUAUGGUUUUACGUCCAUCUGUAUACGCCCAAUUUGUUGCCGGGGAGACUGAAAAUGAGAUUGCCGAAUCUAUGGAGAAGAUGAGCUCACUGGGACUACACCCAAUGUUGGCUGUUCCCAUUGAAGAGGACCUUGGAGAGAGCACUGGGGAGCGCCGUUAUGAUGAUAAUCUUGCUACUAUGCUGGAAUGUGUCCGUAUGUCUCACAGCAAUGCCUGGAGCAGAGAUCCCAUGAUGCAGCUGAAAAUUACUGCACUUGUUAAUCCAGAUCUAUGUGUGAAGCUGACUUCCCUACUUAACGAGGAGCAAUACGAUCUCGAUGUGCUUGUCAGGGCCAUGAAUGGAGAGCAUAUUAUCUUUCCUGGCCUGAAUGAGAAAGAAAAUACCCAUUUCCUUUGUAGCCUUCACAGACUAAACCAAAUAGGAGAGGCUAGCGUGAAUAAGGUGAGAGUUCUAGUGGAUGCUGAGUAUACUUACAUGAAUCCGGCACUUUCCCUUAUCACCAUGGCAAUGAUGAAAAAAUUCAACAAAGAUGGCGCCUGGAUCUGGAACACCUAUCAGUGUUACUUAAAGGAGUCAAGAGCUCUUUUGCUUGAUGCCAUCCGCCUGUCUGUUGACCAUUCCUUCUGUUUUGGUGUAAAACUUGUGAGAGGGGCUUACAUGGACAAAGAAAGAAAAUUGGCUCUACAAAAAGAUAAAACAGACCCCAUACACCAAUCCUGGGAGCACACCAAUGAUAGUUACAAUGGCUGUCUAGACAUCAUGUUGAACCUAAUCUCUCAGGAACCCGCGCGCUACAUGAUCAUUGUUGCGACGCAUAAUGAAGAGUCAGUCAGACAUGCAGUGACACGCAUGGGUGAGCUGGGCAUUGAUAAAGAUGGUGGAUCUGUGUGCUUUGGCCAGCUGCUGGGAAUGUGUGAUCAUGUGUCUCUUACGCUUGCCCAGCAAGGUUUUUCGGUGUAUAAGUCGGUGCCAUAUGGGUCAGUGGAUGACACACUGCCAUACCUCGUGAGAAGGGCACAGGAAAACCGCACUGUGCUACAAGGCAUCCGCAAGGAGAGAGAUCUACUGAGACAGGAGCUGCACAGGAGAAUCAAAGAAAGGAUAACAGGGGCAAGGUAGUUAGGUAAGGGAGGGUGAAAUUGAAGAUUUAGAGAGAAAUGACAGUGCAGGACACUUGGAGAGAGAGGAAAAAUGCUACAUGUAGGAAAAUACUUUGUACUCAUGUCAAGGGACACAUUGAAAUGAGAGGGGAACAGGACUUUCAUGGUAAAUAUAAGGAGAGAGGAAAUGGUGAUGAAAUAGAGAUAGGUCAAAAUGAGGAGAUAUAUGAUGGUUGUGGGGGGGAAAGUGUGCUUAUUGGGUGGUGGAAAUAUAGGAGAACUAAAA